AUAAAAUUGAUUCGAGAAAAUUAAAAUUACUUGAAGAAAAAAAAUAUUAAUUAUGUUAAAAUACCGAUAUUUAAUAGUGUGCUUUUGUUUGAUAACUUCCUCUGUUUCAGAUCAGGAUGAAAGAGCUGAGAUCGCGAAUAAUCUCGAAGAUUUCCCCAUUUCAAAAUUCGCACGUUUUUCUAUGUUCUACCCAGUUCUUGAACCUGCUCAAUCGCCUGGGAAUCAAUUCCAAUUCAGUUCCAAGACAUUUCAAGUUUCGAAGAAUCCUAAGGACAAGAGGAGUAAAAAUUUAACGGCUACGUCAUACGAGGACGAAGAACUUGCCUAUAUUCAUCCCGGUUAUCAGGAAGUUACUAAAGAAAAUAACUUCCAAUGCCUUCAAUGCACUUCCCUCAAAAAUCCAGGCUGCGCCGCUGGUCAAUUACCUCCUUCUGCAUGCAGCGAUCGUAUAAUAAACGCGAGUUAUUGCUUCACUUACACAAUCAAAAUGCCAAACAUAGGUGUGAUUAUAUUCAGGGAUUGCACGCCUUUCAAAAUCGUAGACUCCUGUCUACCCCAAUACAUAGAAGGGAGGAAAGUAGAUUUAUGCUUCUGGACAUGCCCCGAAUCCGCCUGCAACAAUAUACCGGUGCAAAAGUUGAUCAACACUUACAUGAAUGGAGCACAUCGUUCUAAAUCAAGCCGAUAUCUCGUGAUUAUGCUGAUAGCAGCUUUUAUGUGGUGCCGUUUUCGGUAGCGUUGUUAAAAGCCUCGAUAUAACCGAUUUUUUGAAAAAGGCUAAUCAAAAUUUUACCCACCAAUUUAUCAAAGUCUCGAGAUUUUUGCUAAUAUGUAGCUGAAAUGUUUGGCCCUCCUUUGGCGAAAUUUCGAGGCUUAGAUACUGCUAUUUUGGCUAAAAUCAUGAUUUGGCCGUUUUUUAAAAAUAGGGUAAAUUGAGGUUUUUAAACAAUACUAGUUUUCAGGGACAGAACAGGAUUUGAAAAUAAAAAUUUUAAAAUGAAAUUCUAAAAAAAACUAAAAAUAAUUUUUUGACAUCCCAAAGCCCUAAACACCCCUUGUCAAAUCUAAUUUUUUUUUAAAGAAUUUUAUAUACGUAUUUUAAUUAAUUUGUGAUUUUAUACAUUUCAAAGCUGUGUUGCCCAAAACAUCAAAAAAAUUUGUAUAUCAAAUCUAUCAUAACUUUAGCCA